AGUGGAGCGUAAUGAUUUGCUGGUUGGGUAGUGAUACAUUAUAUGAGCCCCUGACACUAGGCCUGGUUGUACAUUCACUAUCUUUCAUAUUGUGUAGCCUCAGUCUAUUGUGUGGAUGUGGAUACUGUGUUGAAAUGUAGUGCGCACAUGUAAGUAGUUUCAGCAGCUGUGUGCAGAUCUGUAAUCUGAUUUGUAUCACAAAGGCGUCCUUGUGUAAUUGUAUGUGUCUCUGUAAGAGAGAGAGAGAGAAAGAGAGAGAGAGAGAGAGAGUGUGUGUAUGUGGGUCAACCAAGCUCAUUGAAGUCACGAGAAAUUCAAUGGGACAGAGUCCAGUUUCACCACACUUACUGUUCCCGUUUGAGGGCUGCAGAGAAGUAAGCGGUGCUUCAGAGAUGUGACACUGAUGGAAUAAAGGUUUUGAGAACAUUCGGAAUGUGGAGUUUCAAACCUGGAAUAAACAAGCACGUCUGAGAGGACCAAAAUUACAGGAGCUGGUGUGUAGGUGUGUGUGUGUGUGUGUAUGUGUGAGCAAGCAGACCUCAUCUCUGGGACGUGUUUCCUUGGUGUGUGAUCAGCUGGAGCUGAGUGAUCAUCAUCAUCAUGGUCUCGCUGGUCGCUGGAGUAACCUUGGUCGUGCUGGUUUCCAUGGUGACACCAGACUUGGUGUGUGGGGGACAAGAGGGAGGCGAGGACUCACGACUCACACACACUCAUCUCACACAUACUCAGCAGCAUUACACGCCUCAGACUGGAGGAGCACGGAGCACGACUUUCAACCACAUCCAAAGGACAGUACGUUCUGACAUAUUUCAGAGUGAUGGCAUAGCUGAGGAUAGUGAUUACAAUGUCAACACUGAUGAUGCUAAAUUAGUGGACCCAUAUACUGGACAGGAAAAUAAACUAGAGUGUCAGUCUGGCAUUCGGUCUGAGGCGUCUGCUUAUUCUAAUGUCAGAAAUAAUGCUAUUGAAUUGAAUGGUGAAUACUUUGGCCUAGCUGAUGACGAAUGUAAUGAAGCUGAUUGUAAGGAUAAGAAAAUAUAUGGUAAUACUGAGAUGAAACAUAACAGCAUAACUGAUGCUGGGAUGAACAGAGUUGUGUGGAAUAAAAAGCGCACUGAUGAUACACUGGACAACGUUAUGAUGCAUGACAGAAAAGAGGCACAGUCCAGUAAGGGUCCUGUUGUGCUCACGCAGUCUGGGCCUGUCUGUGGACUCACCUUGGACAAAGCUCAUGUGUUUUACGGCAUUCCGUACGCAGCCCCUCCUGUAGGCCCAAAACGCUGGAGUGCUCCUGACCCCGUGUCACCAUGGACACAGCUGUAUGAUGCCACUUUUCCUCGACCAGCAUGUAUGCAGGCUUGUGCUGGAGAGUUCUCUCAAAUGUGUCCCCCUAAGACGAGUGAGGACUGCCUGUAUCUGAACGUGUUUGUUCCUGUGAGUGUGGAUCUAUCAAAGCCAACUGUCACAGCCCUGCCUGUCAUGGUGUGGAUUCAUGGAGGUGACUUCAUUGCUGGCUCAGCCUCUAAACCACUGUAUGAUGGACGAUUCAUCAGUAACUACAGCAACACUGUGGUUGUAAAUAUUGAGUAUCGCUUAGGAGCAUUUGGGUUUCUUGUGACUGGGAAAGAUCCUCAGAGUUCUGCAGUGGGAAAUUAUGGAAUUCUGGACCAGCAGGCAGCGCUGCAGUGGGUCCAACAAAACAUUGCUGCCUUUGGAGGAGACCCAGCCAAGGUGACUCUGUUUGGUGAGAGUGCUGGAGCACAGUCAGUUUCUCUGCACCUGAUGAUGCAGUUCAGUGAGCCUCUUUUCAGUCAUGCUGCCAUACAGAGCCAGCCAUUCUCCAUCCCACUCAAAAGCAGGUGGGAUGCUCUGAAGCUGGGCAGGGACUUUGUGAAACUGACUAAUUGCUCAGCGUCUGACCUGAAAUGCCUUCGCUCCCUCAGCUCACAUGCCAUCCUCAAUGCUCAAGUUAAAGCAGGUUCUAAAAUCAUCAAUCCCUUCCGCUUCUUGGAGAUGUUCGAGACCUGGGGUCCAUAUAUUGAUGGACAGCUGAUCAAGGAGCAGCCAAUCAUGGCCUUUCAAAAGGGACACUGGCAAAGCUACAAGCCUGUCAUAUUAGGCACUACAUCUGAAGAAGGUGUGAUCUUUGUAUAUGGAGUAUUCACCAAGUCAGUGUCUGUGCUGGAAUGCAUCGUUUACACCACAGCCAUCUUCAAACAGCAUGCUCUCAGCAUCCUCUACAAAUAUGUUCCUCUCUACCACAACCAGGACAGACGUAUCAUGCUCUCACAGAUUGUAACAGAUUAUGUGUUCCUGUGUCCGGCUCGACGUUCUGCCCACUCUGCAGUGAGUCUCAGUGGAGCUGUCUGGAUGUAUGUAUUUGACCACUCCCCAUCUGAUCAUAGCAUAUGGGCAGGGCUUACUUUCUGUUAUGACCACGCCUGUCAUGGGGCAGAGCUUCCCUUCCUGUUCGACUCUGCCCCUGUAACAAAUUUAACACUCACAGCUCAGGAGACUCUCCUGGCCAAUCGGAUGGUGUGUUACUGGGGCGCUUUCGCCCACACAGGAGACCCGAACGCUCGCAGUGAGCAAACACCUUUCUGCAGACAGCAGAGGCUCCCUGCCUGGCCUCGGUAUACAUCCACAGAGAGCUGGCCAAUUCUGAAUUUAACGCUGCCGUCUCACCCUCAACAUGGCAACAGGGACCACUUCUGUGACUUCUGGGAUCAGCUGGACAUUUACUGAUGGAAUGUAUAAAAUGUAUUCUGUGCUAAAAGGCUGGAAAAUUCACUGCAAAACUAUUAAUGUUACUCACAGCAGUUUUCAUGUAUUCUGAGAGAACAAUGUUUGAAUUUUGUACUCAUCAUUUCUACUUUCAGGCCUAAUUCUAAUCUUUAUAUACUUUUUUGGUGAGUGUACAGGCCAGUAAACGAUCUUUUAGUGAAUAACCUACUCCACUGCUGAUAGUUACUUACCAUUUUUAACAACUAAUUCAGAUGGGCUUAAGAAGCAAAAAAUUACAUACUAAAAGAAUAUAGUCAUUUCAAUUCAGUCAACAUUUGGACAGAUGGUAAAAAAUAAGGCCUUUUAUUAAGUAAUUGCAACAGUGUCCAAGGCCUGCAACAGUGAACCAAGCCCAGUCCUGUAAUAGUGUCCAAGACCUGUAAUAGUGAACCAAGUCUAGUCCUGUAACUGUGUCCACGCCCUG